UUCCGCUUUCUGCUCCCUCAAUCCCUUAGCAAAAUGGCAGGAGGCGUCAUUGUUGGAGGCAAUGUUUCUGGAAAAGAUUAUCCAGGAAAACUUACUUUCAGAGUAUUUGUUACUUGUCUUGUUGCUGCAUUUGGAGGACUAAUUUUUGGCUAUGAUCUUGGCAUAUCGGGUGGAGUUACCUCAAUGGAUCCAUUUUUGAAGAAAUUUUUUCCAGACGUGUAUGAAAAGGAGCACAACAUAAAGGCCUCGGUGAACCAGUAUUGCAAGUUUGACAGCCAAAUAUUAACGUUGUUUACUUCCUCUCUGUACCUGGCAGCUCUCGUGUCAUCAAUCGGAGCAUCCACAGUAACUCGAGUGUUUGGAAGACGACUUACCAUGAUUUCUGGUGGUGUGCUUUUCCUGGCUGGCGCUGGAUUGAAUGCAUUCGCCCAACGAGUAUGGAUGCUUAUCGUUGGCCGCUUGUUACUCGGUUGUGGAAUUGGAUGUUCCAAUCAGUCUGUACCGAUUUAUGUGUCUGAGGUUGCUCCCUACAAGUACAGAGGGGCUCUUAACAUGAUGUUCCAAUUGUUGAUCACCAUAGGCUUAUUUGUAGCCAAUGUUCUUAACUACGUUUUCUCCAAAAUGGAGAAUGGAGAAGGCUGGCGCUACAGUUUGGGUUUUGCUGCAGUUCCUGCGAUACUGAUCAUUAUAGGUGCAAUCUUUCUUCCUGAUACACCAAAUUCCUUGAUCGAGCGUGGUAAAGACGAGGAAGCCAAAGAGGAGUUGAUAAAAAUUCGCGGCACCACCGACGUUGAGGAGGAGUUAAAAGAUUUGAUUGCAGCGAGUGAAUCCUCGAAAGCUGUUAAACACCCUUGGGCUUCUUUGCUCACAAGGCACUACAGGCCCCAUCUCACCAUGGCCAUUGCCAUCCCAGCAUUUCAGCAACUCACUGGCAUGAAUGUCAUAACAUUCUACGCUCCUGUUUUGUUCAAAACCAUCGGAUUUGGUGCCAAUGCUUCCCUCAUGUCUGCUAUGAUCACCGGAGGUUGUAACGCUGUCGCCACCCUUGUUUCCAUUGCAACGGUUGACAAGUUCGGGAGACGUAGCCUUUUCUUAUUUGGUGGGGCUCAAAUGUUCAUCUGUCAGAUGUUGAUAACAGUGGCAAUUGCUUAUAAGUUCGGAAUAAAUGGAAAUCCUGGUGUGUUGCCAACGUGGUAUGCCACAGCUGUGGUGGUAGCUAUUUGCGUGUAUGUGUCUGGAUUUGCAUGGUCUUGGGGUCCUUUGGGAUGGUUGGUUCCCAGUGAGAUUUUCCCACUUGAAGUUCGAUCUGCUGCUCAGAGUAUUAAUGUUUCCACCAACAUGAUCUUCACAUUUGCCAUUGCUCAAAUUUUCACCGCCAUGCUAUGUCACAUGAAGUUUGGACUCUUUAUUUUCUUCGCAUUUUUUGUGGUGAUCAUGAACAUAUUCAUCUACAAGUUUCUGCCAGAAACUAAAGGAGUCCCAAUCGAAGAAAUGCAUUGCGUGUGGCAAAAACACCCUUAUUGGAAAAAUUUUGUGAAGCCAGCUGAGAAACAAGCUAACGCCGAGUGUUAGAAUGCAACAUUCUCUUUCUUUUUUCUAGUUUCUUUUAGGUUUUAGCAAAAUGCUAUUUAAAUGUAUUGCGA